GAUACUUUUAGAUUUGACAGAUGAUGUGGCCUAACGACUUGUUCUCAUAAUUUUUUGGAAUUUAAAUUAAUAUUUAUUUCUAGCUAACUUAUAAUACCAUGUCAAGAUGAUUGUGAUAAAGACUAUUAUUUUUUCUGUGUUUAUUACAGUUUGCUAUAGUAGAUUGCCGGACAAAGUGUUAUGUGCAAAUCAAGAAUGUAAUGCACCAAUAUCCAAAGCCAAAACUCUUCUUAGUUAUAACAGUCCAGAAUCUGAUCUCUUAUCAUUCAAAGGAAACUCAGAAGCAAUAAUAUCUAUGAAAUCAGCUGGAACAAAUUCAGAUUUAUGGUAUGCCACCAUUAAUGGGAAGUCUGGUUUUGUUAAUACUAGAUUUUUAAGGGAGAUAAAAGUUUACACAAAGAAUUUAGUAGAGAUGCCCGUUGAGAUCAAAAACAUAAAACCCAUAGUUAAACCUGAUAAAGUACAACAAGCCCAUGAAGUGUUUGAAGGAACAACAAUAUACUCACCAGAGCCUACCCCACCAGCUGAUGCAUCUAAAAUAUCAACAGAACAAAUAUCUCAAUUUAGUGAAAACAUCCCUGAAUCUAUUCACAACAUUAACUUAGAAAGUAUGUUAAAAGAAACUUAUGCGGAAUCCUCUCCAUUAGAGACAGCUAUUCCUUUAGUUGAUGAUAUGAGCAAAGAAAUUAGAAGUGAGAAAGAAACACCAAAUGAUUCUUUAGAAAAAGUUGAUGAAAGCAGUGGCACUGAUAUCCAUUUCGACAGUAAGACAGACAAAGUUGAGUCAAUAAUAAGUCCAGUGUCUGAAGAAGUUUCUGGAAGUGCAGAAAAUGUUAAGUCACACGAAACUUUGGAAUCUAUUUUAAACCCUACUCUACUUGAACAAAAGACUAGUGUCAAAGAUGACCCUCUGCUUGUCACUGAAACAGAACCGACUAUUAGUGAACAGAAUGCAUACCUUGAUUCUAGUACAGAUAAAAGUAUCAAAAAUGAACUGUUGCCUGUCACCAAAUCAGAACCAAAUACUAGUGAACAGAAUGCAUACCUUGAGUCUAGUACUGAUAAAAGUGUCAAAGGUGAAGCUUUGCUUGUCACCAAAACUGAACAGAAUGCAUAUCUUGUAACUAGCACAGAGAAAAGUGAAAUUUUACAAGAAGUAUCCAGUGAAAGCCUGCAAGAAAAAUUGCUUAAAACCAAAACGGUACCAAAUAUUAGUGAACAGAAUGCAAAUCUUGUGUCUAGUACAGAUAAAAGUGUCAAAGAUGAAGCUUUGCUUGUCACCGAAACUGAACCGAAUAUUAGUGAACAGAAUGCACAACUUGUAUCUGGUACAGAGAAAAGUGAAAUUUUACAAGAAGUAUCCAGUGAGAGCCUGUCUGUUCAAGAAAAUUUGCCAUCUAUUGAUAAAAAUGUAAUUCAACAAAAUGGCUCUAAUGCACCAAAAAGUGAUAUUGCAACAGAAAAUGAAGGUACAAUGACAAUAGAAGAUCACACAAGUAUUCAACAUAAAAGGGCACAAACCAUUGAGCUUGAUAAUUUUUCAGAAAGCAGUACUGUAUCUCCAAACAGUGACGCAACAACAAUAUCACCAGAAUCAGGGACAACUGAGGAGCCAACAAUACCAGCCAUAGAAACUGAUACUAUGUUACAUGAGUCUAAACCUCAAACAAUACCUGCCGCUGAUAUGAACUUACUUCUACAGGAAUUGCAAAAUUUGGAUACAACUACACUGAAAGUGCCAUAUGUUGAUGCAACAUUUGAAGAAGCUCUUAGACAAGAUGUAGUGUCAGAAUCAGUUUCUAUAGAUAGGUUUCUAGAAACUGAAUCAAACAGUGAACAAUCAAGCAAAUUAAAUACAGAUUCUACAAGUUCAGAUGAAGUUUUGACAUCAACUGAGACACCUGUGACAGAAACAUACAUAAGCAGCACAACAGAGAGUUUAAUUGAAGAAAUAUUUACCUCCACAACAGAAUCACCACCAGUUGAAAGUGAAAAUGAAGGUUUCUUUUCUAAUAUGUAUUCAACUAUCGCCGACAUGUUACCACCAUCUACAGAGGCCCCUCCCGAAGAAAUAUUUAAUCCUGAUCUUGUUGAGGCUCCAGAGAGUGAAUCCAGUGUUACAUUGACAUCAUAUCUUUUUACUAUGUUAAACUCAGUUAUUGGAAGUAAGGAACAAAGUAAUGCAUUGUAUCCUUCAACUGGUGACACCUGUUUCUCUGAAGAAUAUUGUGAUGGUGAAGCAUAUGGUCAGCGCAAUAGAUUUAUAACAUUCAUUCUGACUACAGCCACAUCUGUGCUACUUUUCACAUUGGGAUAUUACUACAUUGAUAAUAAACGGCAAGAUAGCAAAUUUAUUGGUACUAUAAACAAAUUACAGAGGGAAUUGCUAUUUGCUACUAAGGAGUGUGAGAUCCUUAAAGAGGAGCUUGGCACUACGAAAAACAAAUUAAACUCGAUCGAAGACAGUUCUUUUGGAAAAGACGACAUGGUGCAAUCAUUGAAAGAAGAAAUUGAUGAGAUGAAAGCACAAAACGAUAGACUUAGGAAAUCUUUAGAUGAUAAUGAGAAGUUGUUGAGGGUGUCUGAGAAUACUGCUGGCGAGCUGCAGAAUACCUUGAGUGAAGUAGAGAACACUCUGAGUGAACUGUGGGGGGAGAGAGCACAGUCUGAGGAGCAAAUUGCUGAAUUGAAUGAGAGAAUACAGGUAUUUGAAGAGGAGCUAAUAUCAGUGACUCGGGAUAGAGACAAUUACCAACUUAAGUUUGCCUCAGCCGAGAGUGCGUUAGACGACUACAAGAAGCAAAAGAAACUUCUGGAAGAAGUCAGUCAUCAACUCAUUGAAGCAAAUAAUACAAUUGAAUUGCAAAAACAUGAAAUUGUUGCUCUGAAGGAUGCAUUGAAACAAGUAAAAGGCGGCGCUCAGUCUAACAUUGACGUGGCAUCUCUGAUAGAUCACACCGAAAUCAAGGCCAAACUGUCCAAAGCACUCGAAGAAAGGGAGACAUACAAAACUCAAUUUGAGGUGGAAGAGAAAGAAAGAAGUCGUCUAGCAGAAGAAUUGAAGACCACACAAGAUUUGCUGAAGACAACAAGUCAGCAGGCCACCGAAGCUCUUACAAGACUGGAUGUUCUGGGGAAGUACUUCCAAGAACGAGAGACUGAAUUGAUGAAGGAAUUGAGCACAAAGGAAUCCUUGUGGUUAAGCAAACAAGGCGAGUCAGCCAGCACUGUGGAGAAAAUUGAGUUGCUGCAACAAGAAGUUCAAAGAUUUAAGGAGAAAUGCGACACAUUAACCCUGGAAUUAGCGGAACAGGAGUCGGCUCGUCGCACCGCUAUAAGCGAGAUGGAGACUCGGGCGCACUCCGCCUGGCUCGAAGCUCGUCAGGCCAAGAGGGAGGCGGAUGCUGCCAAGGAUGAAGCGGCGGCCCUAAGGAGGAAGCUGGCUGCCAUGCAUCAGGCAGACGGUGCUGCCUCUCCCAAUAGAGGAGUAGCAUCGCCUCUGGAAGCAGUGGAUGGUCUACCACCAGCUCUGCCACUGGCCUUCCUUCCGCCCCCUUUGCUUCCGCCAUUACCUCGUCCGCCGCCGCUAGGACGAUUGCCUUCACCCCACGGCCCAAGAUACAGCGAAAGGCGGUACUCGCCCGAUAGGCGGUACUCACCAGAGAGCCGGUACUCACCUGCGAGUAGGUACUCACCCGAAAGUAGAUACUCGCCUGAAACUGUCCGGUACUCACCAUCGAGACGAUAUUCACCCAGGUCUCGCCGGUCUCCAUACUCGCCCCGGUCGAGGCGGCGAUCGGUUGAGAGAUACGAAAGUGGGCGUGGCUCCAGAGGUCGUAACGGUCCAGCGGACACCGAGACGGAAUACAACUCGGACAGUCCCACCAGAAGACCCAGGCGACGAUACACUUCGCGCUCAGGUGCUAGUUCAGUUUCGGGUUGUUCCUCGGAGUCAGAAAAGUGAAUAUAGCUAUCGAAGCCAAAUUAAUUUAUUGGUAAGGGUUUUCGCUCGAUGGCAACAACGAUUGUAUGGUAUCUCCACUAGUGUGCGCGGUUUAGAUUUAAAUUGGUGAUCAGAAGUAAACUUCAUGGCUUUGAUUUGGUUAAGAUGCAGCUUACCCCGCAACUUUACUAGUGAUUUUAGCGUCAUCAGCGGGUUACUGAAUAAGAUAAACAAUCACUUCGUCGUUAAAUUUACAGAGUAACCCCAUUAUCUAAUGUUAUAAAUGCUUACCACUUGAUUUCGCGCCACAUUAUGUUGAUCAUAAGUGGGCGAGUCUAUUAAAACUUAUAUGAAGUUACUACGUUAUGAAAACUGCAUCUAAUUUUGUCCAGUCGAUAGUUAGCUAAACACUGUUUUAAUACCUAUAUAAAUUCAUUUACGAGUAAAUACAAAGUACUUCGGUAUAUACAAAAGAUAUAUUUUAGUUCAUAUUUUGUCACUAGAUGGCGCUAUAAACAAAGAUAUUUUACCAUCUUAAUAAAAGCCAUGGCGUUUACUGUCAAUAAUUAUAACAUUUUGUAAACGCGAGACGAAACCAUACGUGCCUCAUCCCUUCAUAAAACCUUGGAGAUAAUCUUUUGCCAAUGUACAUAGAAUUUAUUUAUAAUCCAAAUUUGUCGAUGAAGUUGAGAUAUGUCCAAGUAAACAAUUUGUUUAUCAGAAAUUACGUUUGGAGCAUAGGUUAUCAGUAUAAUGGAAUUUUAUACACACAGGCUAGCUAUAUACUUUGUUUAGUAAAAAAUUAAAUUAAAUACAUCUAUUUUUUUUUUCAAUUGGGGCUGUUUAAGUAUUACAUAUGCAAGAUAGGGGGGACGGGGACUAGUCUUUCUUGUUUGGUGAUUAUGUUAACAGUAAUUAUUUACUUUUAUACACAGGAUAUAUUUAUUUAUUUCGAGUCGAGAUUCUUAGUUAAAUUCUUAUAAAAUCUGCUUACUUGAACGGCCCCAUUGUUAUAAAUGACGAAUAUUUUAUAGUCCCUUUCGUUGUAACAAGUAAGUCGUACUUGGCAUCGCUAGAGGGCGCUUUACACUUAUGUACCUUUCCCACUAGUCCUUCCAAGACUCACAUACAAUCCAUUAUUUAUCUUAUAAUUCCACCGGUACUGCCGUUGCAAGCUUUGCGGUAACUUGUAAUCUUCCCGAGUCACAUUAACAUCAGUUUUUCUACAAUUCUUAUGUCAAAAUAAGUGCGAAUCACUUUAAAUUAUAUUUUAUAAUGCAUUUUAAGUCUGUCUACGUACGCGUUUAUGAUCGUAUACGUCUCCAAAUGCAUUUUAGUACUUACCUUCCUCUGUCAUUGACAUGUCAUUUAAUUUAUUUUUAAAUUGUUUUAUUAGGAAAUAAUGUACAUUGUAUUAGUAAUUAAAUAAAUUUUUAUUAUCAAAA